AUCUGGAGCUGAGUCCAACAAGGUCCAUUUUAUAUUUGAAAGCGGAAACCCUAGCAUCCUGAUUGCCGAAUCCCUCUUUUAGUCGCCGGCGGGAAACAGUUAUUCACCAACCCGAUACUUAAGAAAGAUCUGGUUUUUCGGAUCCGGUGACCUCACCAUCUUCCCAAUUCACACACUCUCUAACCUGUUACAGAGUGGAGGGUUUGCAUGUUAAGGAAAUUACAUUUUUCAAAUGGUAUUCGUCUCUUUGACGCAUCCCUUUCCACGAGGUGGAUUAUUUCGCGCCACUCUUGCUCCAAAUUGUUCAUUGGAGGGCUUUGUUAUGAUACCAAUGAGGCUGUUCUAAAGGAUGCUUUUGGGCAGCAUGGCGAAAUAAUUGAAGUAAGGGUAAUAUGUCAUCAUGUCAGCGGCAAAUCAAAAGGAUAUGGGUUUGUGCAGUUCACUUCUGAGAGUGAGGCCAGCAAAGCUCUAAAGGAGAUGGAUGGUCAGUUAUUAGAUGGAAGAAAUAUUCGCGUCCAUUAUGCCCACAAUGGAUGACCAUAAAGGACUGAAGUUCUGAGUUGGUUGCUGGAUAUUAUUCUUCUACUUUUUGGUUGUAUUACAAAGUGAGAAAGAGAAUUGUAGUUAAUAAUUUCACAUUGUGUGCUUGGUGAUGCUAAUUGUUGGUUUCAACCCUUGGAAGUUCAAUCAAUGGUUAAUGUACUCUUUUUGUCUGCUAGA